AUGCCGCCAAUCGAAUCGAAUUACAGUUUAGACGAGAAUGCGCAACUGAAGAGGAGGGUUCUGGAGGAGCAGGAGAAGGCACGCGCCGAGCAGAAACGAUUUAAGGCAAAGCUCCACGAUCUUAACGCUCGGAUCAAUGAUCUCACCGAUGCUGCAGCCUCGUCCGCAAUGCCGGUUGCCGACCAGCAAGAGCAGGCUAAAAAGAGUGUGAGGCCUGAAAUGGUAACAAGGGAAACCCAGACGGAAUCUGAACUGGAGGCAAUACUGGAGAAAACAAACACAAAGUAUCAGGAUGCUGUUCAGUUGCUGCGUUUCCGCUACAACCUCAUAAAAGAGCUGGAAGGGAAGGUCAGGCAAAACGAAAACAACGACACUUCGAAUAUCACCUCACUUACAGCUGGUCAAAACAGUGCGCUUAAGGCACAAUGUGAAGCACAGAAGAGGGAACUAGCUGUCAUCCGAAAUAAAUACGAGUCGGCGAAACGCGUAUUGGGAAUGCGGAAAGAUGAGAUGGAUAAAAUUCGAGCAAAACUAGCUCAAUAUGAAGCAGAUGAAUCAACUAAAUAGGUUUCUAUGUUGUCAUAUUUUUAGUGUACAGAUCUUUAAGGCGUUGGUUUUAAGUUAUCUUUUCUAUGUCAUUUACAAGCCUUUUGAAAGUCAUAUUUUAAACUUGUAGUUAGCCUUUUAAUGCGCGGGUAAAAACAUACAUUUAAAGCAAACAUAAUCUUAAUAAGCUUAGGUUGAACAUUUGCAUAAAUUGCCAAGUUUUUCAAUUGCCUUUCGGGUGUUUUCAAUUUAAACGUGUCUGUAUUAGUUGAUUUAUAAUAUAUAUUCCACGUGAACUCGUUCCCCAUAUUUUGAGAAAAACACAGAUUGUCUUCAUAACGCGGCUUUAUUGUAAUGUCAAUAAAUAUUUAUAUAACUUUCUAA